AUGGAGAAGGAAGAUCACGAGGAUCCAGAGAAAAUUUUGAGAAUUUCCAAGAAAUGGGAGGAAAUGCCGGGAAAGUGCUCGUGUCGCCUCGAAAUGAAACACUUGAAAAGGUUGGUUGAUGUGUUAUGUUUGGGUGUUCAACCUGAAUGGUUCUCCAAUCCGGUGAAGCUUGGUAUUGAACUGAAAGGGAGCUUUGAAACUGCAGAUCCUCCACACUUUGAAAACGAAUAA